CAUAAAGAGCAUUAGGAAUACAGCAUAUGGGUUCAUAAGCGGCGUUAAAUCACUCAAAUCAAGAGACUUGGCAUUGAUUAGUUUCGGACCUCUUCAUCGGUUGGCAAGAUAAGUGAUAUAAGGGAUAAUUAAACUACUUAUUUUCUUAUUUAUCUAUUUUUGUUUUUAGUGACAAGCACGUUGACAUGACUAUUUUACACACCCCUUUUAUCUCUCUAAUACAUGAUCAAUGGAACACAAUUGCUAGUGGUUUGAAUCAUUUCUGUGUCCAAGAAAAUGCUGAUAAAAAGGCGAGUAAGGACCCAAAUCCUACUCAACAGUGCAUGUUUUCCGAUAAAGACAUGAUGCAGUUUAGAAUUAUAUACAUCAAUGGGUCGUUAGAUUUGUCAAAUCAUAAUGGGAAGAUAGAUCAGUUGCCCAAUAAAUACAAUAAGAUCGCAGCGAUCCCUGAAAAAGACACGAAUGGUGCCGUACUUGGCUUUGUCCCUGCGGUAGUGGCGGUGGCGGACAAUGUGGAAGAUAUUUUAAAUGACUGGGCGCUUAUACUCAGGGCAGGUCUUCUUGCGGAGAGGCGCACAAACGCAGUUCCGUUCGACGGUAAAGGCAACGGGGAUCAUCAAGCCCGACGGCUUGAGUGGUUUGUUGAAAAGCUGUGGAAGCCCUUGUACGCCGAUGUUCAAGAACAACUCUUUCACAAAAAUGCAAAGGUCGCACACCGGGGUAUAGAAAAGAAAUACCUUCAUCCUGGCAAACUAGCGAAAGGGCCAUUACCUCCAUUGACCAACACCUUUGUUUUGCCGAAACUAGGCAUGGGCACUGAUAUGGUAGUUUCAACUGUCACCAGCGGUGAGGUUUCUCAUAAGGCGAAUUUAUCAAAACUACCGAUGAAUGACCUCAUGUCUGAAGGCAUCCGAUGUAGUGAUACUGUACCGAACGAAAUUGACAAAGCUUACUCGCCAUUUUACGACGUCUACGAUGUGGUAAUUCUGCGGUUAUGGGAUCUAUGGAGUUGGAGAGACCCGCAGCGCACAGCACUUGUUCUCCUUGUGUUGAUGCUUGGCGGAGCCCUUUAUAGAGGCAUCUACUUGUUCAAUAGCGUCGCGACGGGUUUACUGUUAUUCGUCUUACCCAUCCCAUUGACUUGUGAACAGCGGUGUCGGCUUCGUGAGGUCCCAAAAGCAAUUUCUGAAGAAUCUUCCUACGCGUCGUUGUCGUCUGAGUGUACCUUGACACCAGGGGAUCAAAAGGCCAUGGAUGAAGCGCAGAGUUGGGUUAAGGCCUGUAUCGCCUCUGACGCCAACAGGAUGCGACUCUUAGACAAAUUUUUAUCCACGCCAAGAAUCUCACCGAGUCAAGGUACGCAAAAAACGAAACUCGAUUCCUCCUCCAGCCUCAAAGUCGCUCAAGGGGGUGUCAAGUUGCCAUAUCUGCAGGAAAUAAACCAACGGAUCGGACUUCCCCCACAAAAUAUAGUACCCAUUCAGAAACUUCUGCAUAGUUAUUUAGGAAAAAUUUGCAUGGUUUACGUGCUGGUGCAACUUAUAAUUACAAUAACUUUCCCUUAUUACUCCAUCUGCCUCACACUUGAUAUGUUAAUCGUACCAGUGGUCGGCGUUUCGAUGCUGAUCACCGGUCUUGGACAACUCCAUUCGGUAUUUAUCACGACGUUGAAGAAGGUUUACAAACAAGCGCAAAUUAACGUGCAUCGGCCGAGUCUUAUGAAAGUAGAAAAACGGAUUGUGAGUCAGGAGAGCAGCUCAGUUGGGGCAUCUUGCGCGAACAAGGCAUCCGAUUCAACUUCAACGCCCUUACGAACGAUCGCUAAGUUUUCACCAUUGGGGACGCCACCGGAAAAGGAGUACUCUUCUAAAAAAAAAAAGCCGGACCACUUGCGGAGACUAGCCUCAGAAGUAGAGACCAAACACAUGUAUACUCACUGCCCGCCCUAA